AAGUUAAUUAAGCCAGCUUAAUUAAACUAAGAAUUUCCCUUAAAGGCACAAGUAAAUUGCCUUUAAUGCCAUCCUAAACCAGCACAGCUUCUUUGACUCUUUCUCUAUGAUUGAUGGACAUUUUUGAAUCACCAUCAAUAAAAAAGCUAUAACAGGUAUAUAUGAAAUGAAACCUAAGGUCAUUUCUAGCCGUCUUGCUCAAUAAGAACCGAACCCUAUAUUUGUUUCCUCAUGCAAAACCUUCUUUGAAAAUCUAUUUUUUUAUCUAUUUAUACAUUUAAAAAACUCGAGACAGAGAAAAAAAAUGUCUCAUUCAAGCCUAAGAAAGAAGCUUCAGCCUGCAAAGAAGGCAUGGAAACGCUUAUGCAAGACGGUUGAGUCAAAACUCCAUGACUUCAACUUCUCUAAAGCAAUCAAUGUCAUCAAGACCAACUCUAACCGUAUUAUUUCUUAUUGCUCUCUCCAUUUCUUUCAACUUUUCAAGAAACGUUCCAUAGCAAGAAGAUCAUUCUAUUUCAGUCACCAUUAUAAUUUUUAUGGUGACAAGAAACAGCUGGCUCAAAGAAACUGUUCGCCUAUUUACAUAGACCAGCUCUAUUCUUUAGAGGCAGAGUCCUCAGUGCAAGCUAAGAAGAUCAUUACAUACGCAGAAACAAGCAGCAGCAACAGCAGCAGCAGUAGUAACAUUAGUAGUAAAGGAAAGCAGGUGGUUGUUGAAAAGGUUUUUCCAAGUAAAGAAAACAAUCCAAAGAAGAAAGAGAAGGAGAAAGUAUUGUAUAGCAUUGAAGAUGCAUGGAGAGAAGUUGUUCUGAAAUCUCCACAACUGCGACCAGUUGAUGACAGAGCUGAGGAAUUCAUAUCCAACUUUCGCCAAGAUAUAAUGAUUCAAAAAGAAAAAUCAGCUACAGAAUUUGAAGAUAUGUUGGCUAGAGGUACCUAGCCAAAACAAAUUUGCUGUUUUUAUCUUCUUAUAUUUGUUUGCUUUUUUUUCUUUCUUCGAAACAUUUUUUGACAUACAUAAUGUGAUAGUGAGUAAACAAAAAAGGAUGAUGGUGAAAACUAAAAAAUAGGACUUCAUAAGAUUUUAAGGGUUUUUUUGCCUGUUUCCAAGAUGAAACAAAGGCGAGUCCAUCAAUAAUCUAUUUUUAUCUUCUUUAAUAAUGAAGGUGUGAACUUGUAAAGAGGAUUUAUCUGGUUUGAUUUGUAUUUUCUCUAUCAAAGACUUAUGAUCCAUGUAUAUAUAUUUCAUUGUGUUUGCUUGUGCAUUGAUUUUA